AAGCUCUCAGAGACUUGCUAGUGUCUUUACCAACGCUAGGUCGAGCUGAUUGGAGCCCACUGUGUAAUACGGUCUAGCGCGGCUAGAACUGAUUUAGCGCAACGCUAGUAACUGCCACGUUUGUUCUGCGCUGGGACGCGAAGCUACAGCAUUGUACCACAGCCGGAUAGUCGAGGCAGUAAGGAGAGCACACACUCGACUGGCUUGCGCUAACGAGCAAAACGGCACACAGCUAUGAAGAUCUUCCAAAAAACACGCAAAGUAGCAAAGAAGAAAAGCACACAACCCAAAAAGCAACCGCAGGAGGUCUACGCGCGAGCCGCCGCGCCGAGCGUCGGAAAGAAGAAGAAGAGGAAGCGCCCGAACGACGAAGGCCUCGCGCUCGGCCCGCUCACGGCGCGGCAGCGGCGCUGCGUCGCGGCGGCCGCGGCGGGCGCCGGCCUCGCGGUCGCGCGGCGGCCCGACGUCCGCGGCGUGCAGGCCGCGCCGGGCAAGCGGCGGCCGCGCGCCGAGCGCUGGCGCGGUGGCGGCGAGGCGCCGGACGCCUGGGUCCAGGCGCGCGUCGCGGCCGUCGUGCCCGGCGCGGCGGCGGCGCUCGAGCGCGCGCUCGCCGCGGCGCCGGCGACGGCGCCGCCGUUCCUGCCGCUCGGCGACGUGGCGACGGCGCGCUGGGCCACCGCGACGCCGACGGCGCUCGUGGCCUGGGACGGCGACCAGCUCCGCUUCGACGGCGUCGAGGCUGUGCUGGAGGCGGCCGAGGCACUUGUGGAAGGACGCGCGGUUGCGCACGUGGUCUGCCUGAACCCGCGCGGGCCGCGGCGGCGGGCCUGGGCGGCGCAGCUCGCGGCGUUGGAUGGGGGCCCCUGGGCGGCGCGCGCCGUGUUAAUUCGCGUCGCGGAGAGCCGGUGCGACGGCGUCAAGUCGGGGCUCGCGCGGCUCGUCGCCGAGUUUUGUCGAGCCGCGCGAGCCCCGACUGGGGCCGCCGUCGACGUCGUCGUCGCGGCGACGCGGAACAAGAAAUUAUUAAAGGAGCUCGAGGCCGUUGUGGGGCGUGUUGUUGUGUUUGAGCCUCCGCGAAACAAAGGUUUUUACCCCCCACGUAAGAAACAAAGGUAUUAAUACACAC